GUUACUAGCCAUCUCAGAUCGGUUGGCAGGAUGUCUCUGCUGCUUUGUUGUGCAGUGAUGGCUCUGCACCUCGUAAAAGGGGUGGAUGCUGCCUCGGGGGUGGUGAACACCACAGACCAGGAAGUGGUAGGGGUGGAGCCCCAGUCCCCAUGCCCAGCCGGAUGGCAUCAGAAUGGGCAUCGCUGCUUCUCCUUCUACCCCGUCUGGGCCACCUGGUCCACAGCAGAGUCGUACUGCUCCCAGCACAGAGGGAAUCUAGUGUCGGUUCACAGCCCGGGUCAACAGGUGUUUGUCCAGGACCUGGUCAGGAGACACACAGACCAGCCGGUCUGGAUGGGGGGCUACGACGCAGCUCAGGAGGGGAUGUGGCUGUGGAGUGACGGCUCAGCUGUUGACCAUUUUUACUGGGAGGAGGAUGAGCCCAGUAACUCUGGACAGGGGGAGAACUGUAUGGAGCUACACACUGGAGCUGGGCAGGGAUGGAAUGACGUGUCCUGUGGAGAGCUGAGGUUCUACGUGUGUUCGAUGGAGACAAGAUCUGGUUUAGCAGCAUUAGCAAGUCAGAAGCAAGCACACGAGAGAGAACUGGUUGAAGAGGUGAGUAUUUAUGACGUCCUGUGGGAGACCAGUAAGAGAGUAGCAGAUGAGACCCUCUACUCAGCCUUCCUUAGAGGGAUGUAUACCAGACGUCUGCCUGCCCGCUGCUACGCUGACUUCUGCCACCAGGAGGCGCUAUACCUGGACAGAGUCAUCACCAUGCUGCAGGUGCUGAUCAGAACAGUCCAGGGUCCCCCAGACAUCAUGCUGUUUCUCCAGACAACACAUCAACGCUACCAGGAGUCUCUGAUGGAGGCCCAGAACCAAACUCCACCACACCUGAACCUGUCCUCCAUCCAGCCCUCUGCAGCCGUAGCAGCCCUGCUCAGACCUUACCUGGCACAGCACCUGCCCCUGGGAGAGAGGACCAGACCAGGCCCCAGGCCCUGCCUCUACCCCUGGCUAAGCCUCUUCCCCUGCCCCUGCUACCAGUGGGGGGGAGAGGACAUGAAGUCAGACCAGUCAGACCAGAGGAACCAGAAGGACAAGUCAGGGUCAUAUUACAGGCCUCUACUGGAGAAGUACCAGGAUGUGAUAGACGUCUAUAAUGCUGUCAACAUCUUCAGAGUCCAGAUGAUCAACGAGAAGGCUCUCUUCACCUCCAGUUGGUUUCCCACUGGUGACGGGGAGGAAGUGGAGGACCAACCCAUCCUUGUGUGGUCUGUGGAGUCUGGAUCUGACGUUAGGGUGAAGCUGUAG